AUGAAGGCGUGCGCGAAGGCGGCGGGGGAGAGGCUGCCGCUGGUCUGUGCUCCGUCAACCAGGCGGCCUCUCGCUCGGAGCUUUGUUAAGGUAAGCAGAUUACCCUCUCAAUAUGAGACGAAGUCUCAAGUAUCCUGCUCAGUUAGGGUGUCAGAAAGCACAGCACACAGAAUAGAUGCCACAGCAGAAAACAUUUUCCCAGCAAUAAAAGAUCAUGUCUUGAAAGCAACUGAUGCAAUCAACAGAGGAGAAGUGAUUGCGGUGCCCACUGAUACCAUAUACGGGUUUGCGUGUGAUGCCUGCUCUGCGGGAGCAGUUAAUCGUAUUUAUGAGAUCAAAGGGCGCAUACAAACACGGCCUCUGGCAAUUUGUGUUGCUGAUGUCUCAGACAUAUCACGGUUUGCUUUAGUGGACCACUUGCCACAUGGCUUGCUUGAUAGUCUACUUCCUGGGCCUGUCACUGUUGUUCUAAAACGAGGUGAAAACAGCAUAUUAGAGACAUCACUUAAUCCUGGCUUGGAUAGCAUUGGAGUUCGUGUGCCAGAUCUGGAUUUUAUACGAUCCAUUGCUCAUGGUGCUGGAAGUGCACUUGCACUUACCAGCGCCAACUUAAGCGGACAGCCUAGUAGUGUCUGUGUCAAAGAUUUUGAGGGUUUAUGGCCACAUUGUUCAUAUAUCUUUGAUGGUGGAGUACUUCCUUCUGGGCGUGCUGGUUCAACAAUUGUUGAUCUAAUAACACCAGGAUUUUACAAGAUAUUGAGAGAUGGAAGCUCAAGGAAGGAAACAGCAGCAGUGCUUGGCAAGUUCGGCUUUGUUGAAGCUUCGUGA